AUGGCUGGUAUCCUACAUGCAGGCUCUGACUCCGAGGAUUCGCGCUCUGAGUCCUCGUCCAUUGCGCAAGAUGAGAGAGAGACCGGUGGACAAGAUGAACGGCCGCAAAAGCGACGACGGCUAACAGAUUCCUCUGGAGACUUCCCGAUAGCUCCAACAACACCAUUUCCGGUCCAGACCCUAUCACGAAUCAAAAAAAAGGAGGUGAAGAAUGAAAGACAUGAGGAGGCUGCAUCUCAAGCCGAUCCAAUUACCGCUAAUGAUGCGUUCGCAAUGGGGCUUCAGUCAGUAGGUUCUUCGUUUUCUUCUUUGGGACUUGCUUCAUGGCUGGUCAGCUCAUUGAAGGCCAUGGAAAUCAAGCGGCCGACGGCAAUUCAAAAGAGUUGUAUACCGGAAAUAAUGAAGGGAAGGGAUUGUAUAGGCGGUAGUAGGACCGGUUCCGGAAAGACUGUUGCAUUUGCAGCUCCAAUACUGCAUAAAUGGUCUGAGGAUCCUUUUGGAGUAUAUGCUGUUAUAUUAACCCCAACAAGAGAGCUUGCUCUUCAAAUAUUCGAACAGGUUAAGGCCAUUUCUGCGCCGCAGUCGCUUAAGCCACUUUUAAUAACCGGCGGCAGUGACAUGCGGCCUCAAGCGAUUGGUCUCUCGCAGCGGCCACAUAUAGUUAUUGCGACGCCAGGCAGGCUCGCGGACCACAUUAAAUCCUCUGGAGAAGAUACUAUAAUUGGAUUAAAGCGUGUCCGGAUGGUAGUUCUCGACGAAGCGGAUCGCCUUCUUACAAGCGGCCCGGGGAGCAUGCUUCCUGAUGUAGAGACAUGUUUAUCUGCCCUGCCGCCGUCUUCGGAUCGUCAGACUCUUCUUUUCACAGCCACAGUCACUCCUGAAGUACGCGCGCUGAAAUCAAUGCCUCGAGCAAAGAACAAACUGCCGAUCUUCGUUAGUGAAAUAUCCACGGAAAACACAACGAUACCCCCAACCCUAAAGCAGACGUAUCUCCAAGUGCCCUUGAACCACCGUGAAGCAUUUUUACAUGUUCUUCUGUCCACAGGUGGAAACUCCUCCAAAUCUACCAUUAUUUUUUGUAACCGAACAAAGACAGCGGAUCUAUUGGAGCGCAUCCUUCGCCGGCUAUCACAUCGAGUUACUUCACUUCACAGUCUCUUACCCCAAUCCGAACGAGUUGCCAACCUUUCGCGUUUCCGCGCUUCAGCGGCUCGACUGCUGGUGGCAACUGAUGUGGCAGCUCGUGGUUUGGAUAUUCCUUCAGUUGGGCUAGUCAUCAACUAUGAUGUUCCCAGAAAUCCGGAUGAUUAUAUCCAUCGCGUUGGUCGUACAGCUCGAGCUGGACGAGAAGGUGAAGCUAUAACGCUUGUGGGACAGAGAGAUGUCCAGCUCGUUUUGGCAAUUGAAGCUCGAGUUGGUAAACAGAUGGUAGCAUGGGAGGAACCAGGGGUGAAUAUUGAAUCUCGAAUCGUCAAGGGCACAGUCCUGAAAGAGGUUGGCUCUACAAAACGAGAAGCGAUGGGUGAAAUUGACGAGGGAAGAGAUGUCCUAGGCCGCAGGGUCAGAAAAUUGAAAAAGGUCCGGUAG